UCUUCCAUCUCCUCCUCCCUCCCCCAGCCCUCGGCUCCCUGUGAGAAAAGAGGAGAGGAGAGGAGAGCUCCAUUCUUGUGUGCAGAGAGAGCAGAGAGAUCUAUUGGCCCAGCUGCUAGUGGGUGGUGUUAUUCUCCAUCGAUCCACCUUUAGCCCUCGCCAUCCACCCUUGCUUGCACGAUCCCCUCCCGGCCCUAAAGCACCUAUAUACCCCGCGCCUCUCUCCCGGCCCUCUCUCGCAAAGAAGCAAGGAGGAACAAACAAACCGAAAAGGAAGAAGCAGCCCCUCCAAGUAGGAAAAAGAUCAAAAGAAACCAAAUUCUAUACCACACCACCACCACCAUGGUCUUUUCUUCGGUUCCCCUCUACCAUGAUCCACCCAAUUGGAACCAGAACCACAGCCAGCAGCAGCAGCAGCAGCAGCAGCAGCAGCAGCAGCAGCAGCAGCUGAGCCACCAUGCUGGCCAGAUGUUUGCAAGCGGGGGCGGCGGGGGCGGGGUGGAGAUGCACCACCACCAGCAACAGCAACAUCAGCAGUACCAACAGCAGCAGCAGCACCACCACCAGCUGCGGCCGCCGAUGCCGCCGCCCGGGGCGAUGAUGGCUCCGCGGCCGGACGGCAUGGGUAGUGCGGUUGCUUUGAGCGGCGCAGGUGGUGGUGGUGGUGGUGGUGCCGGCGGAGGUCCGACUGGCGGCGCGGUGGUGCGGCCAGGGUCGAUGACGGACCGAGCGCGGAUGGCCAAGAUCCCGCAGCCGGAGCCGGGGCUCAAGUGCCCGCGCUGCGAGUCCACCAACACCAAGUUCUGCUACUUCAACAACUACUCCCUCACGCAGCCCCGCCACUUCUGCAAGACCUGCCGCCGCUACUGGACCCGCGGCGGCACGCUCCGCAACGUCCCCGUCGGUGGCGGCUGCCGCCGCAACAAGCGCACCAAGUCCUCCAAGUCCUCGUCCUCCGCCGCGUCGGCUUCCGGUGGCGGGACGUCGUCGUCCACAACAUCGUCCACUACCACCGCCGGGGGUGGCAACGGCAACGGCAGCAGCGCGGCCGCGGCGGCCGGGGUCAUGAUGUCGUCUCAGGGCCAGGGGCACGGGCAGAUGCCAUUCUUUGGCUCGUUGCACCCGUUGGGCGCCGGCAACGGGGAUCACUAUGGCACUGGUGCGUCGAGGCUAGGGUUUCCCGGGCUGGAUCCGGUGGACUACCAGCUCGGCGCAGGCGGUGCCGCGGCCGCCGCCAUGGGGCUGGAGCCGUGGCGGCUGCCGCAGAUGCAGCAGUUCCCAUUCUUCGGCCGCGCCGACGGCAUGCAUCAGCAGCAGCAGCAAAUGGCUGGCCUAUACCCGUUCGACACCGCUGACGCGUCCGGCUUCGCCGGAGAGAUGAUGGGCGUCGUCGGCGGAUCCAAGCAGCAGGUGCCCGGAUCGGCAGGGUUGAUCACGCAGCUCGCGUCGGUGAAGAUGGAAGACAACCCGCCGUCCAACAACGCUAUGGCAGGCGCCGCCUCGGCCAGGGAGUUCCUCGGCCUCCCCGGCAACAUCCAAUUCUGGGGCGGCGGUAACAAUGGCGCAGGCAGCAACGACAAUGGAGGAAGUCACAGCAGCGGCACCGUCGCUCCAGGAGGCGCCGCCGGAGGAGGCGGCUGGGUGGAUCAUCUUCCCGGGUUCAACUCGUCAUCGUCGGGCAACCUGCUGUGACUGGGAGGCCGACCGGCCGGUCACCAUGGCCGCGUGCAUGCAUGCAUGGUGGAAUGGAGUUGAUCGAUCUCUCUGCAAAAAGGUAGCCCUAUAUAUACAAGCUCCGAAUUGAAGCUUAAUUUUAGCCAUGGCUUCCGAUCGAUCGAGAAAGAGAAAAGAAACAAUGGGGUUGUGGUGGCGCAUGCAAGAUCAUUGCCGAUCGAUCGAUCGAUCGAAAUUAGUUUUAUUCUACUGUCGAGUGAGUCCUAGCUAUAUCCCCAUGCAUGCUGUUCUUGUACCGUCUUAAUUAGGUUCUUUCUUGGUAGUCCUAUUGUUUAAGGUGGUGGGUUUUCUAUAUUAUUGGAUCUCCUUAAUUCUCCGUUGUCAUUGUAAUGCACGUUAAUUGGUACCAAGUUUACUAGUAGCUUGGGGCAAUUAAUGUGUUCGUGGUGGAAGGUUAUAUACUUAUAUAAAUAUAUCUAUGAGCUAGAAUGUUUAUGUGUA